AAAGCCUGCUCACGCUGCCAGUGCAUGCUGGGAGUUGGAGUCCCCUUUCUAAAGGCUGCGGGUGGCGGUGAUAUCAGCGGCGUCGCUGGGAGCCACCAGCACGUGGCGGGAAGGGGCGGCGCGCGCUAGCUGUCGGCUCCCGGGAGCGGCAGGAGCUGCCCGCUUUCGCGCCUCCAGUCGUGUUGCCCUCCCGACAUGCCCGAGGAGGCGGGCUUCCCGCCGGGCAAGAGAUUCCGGCCGGGCGCCGGGCCUUUGAGGCGCGCCGGGUCCUGCCCUCACAGGCGGCGAGUGGUGAUGCUGCUGACCGGGGGCGGCGGCGGCGGCGGCGGAGGAGGAGGUGGCCGGAGGCAGCAGCCACCCCUGGCCCAGCCCUCGGUCAGCCCCUACCGUGAGGCCGUGGAGCUGCAGCGCCGGAGUCUGCCCAUCUUCCAGGCGCGGGGGCAGCUGUUGGCCCAGCUCCGAAACCUGGACAGCGCCGUCCUCCUCGGGGAAACCGGCUCUGGGAAGACAACGCAGAUCCCUCAGUACCUGUAUGAAGGGGGGAUUGGCCGCCAGGCCAUCAUUGCCGUGACCCAGCCUCGUCGAGUGGCUGCUAUCUCUCUGGCUACCAGAGUCUCAGACGAGAAGAGAACUGAACUCGGGAAGCUGGUUGGCUACACGGUGCGCUUCGACGAUGUCACCUCGGAGGACACCAAGAUCAAGUUCCUGACAGAUGGCAUGCUUCUGCGCGAGGCCAUUUCAGACUCCCUGCUUCGGAAGUACAGCUGCGUCAUUUUGGAUGAAGCCCAUGAACGGACUGUCCACACGGAUGUGCUCUUUGGGGUGGUGAAAGCUGCCCAGAAGAGGCGAAAGGAGCUGGGGAAGCUGCCUCUCAAAGUGAUUGUGAUGUCGGCCACGAUGGACGUGGACCUGUUCUCCCAGUAUUUCAGUGGAGCCCCCGUCCUCUACCUGGAGGGCCGGCAGCACCCGAUCCAGAUUUUCUACACCAAGCAGCCCCAGCACGAUUACCUACACGCGGCCCUGGUCUCCGUCUUCCAGAUCCACCAGGAAGCCCCCUCCUCUCAGGACAUCCUGGUGUUCCUCACUGGGCAGGAGGAGAUCGAAGCCAUGAGCAAGACCUGCCGGGACAUUGCCAAACACCUCCCCGACGGCUGCCCCUCCAUGCUGGUCCUUCCGCUCUAUGCCUCCCUGCCCUACGCCCAGCAGCUGCGUGUCUUCCAGGGGGCCCCGAAGGGCUGUCGCAAAGUGAUCAUUUCAACCAACAUCGCUGAAACCUCCAUAACCAUUACAGGAAUAAAAUAUGUAGUUGACACGGGCAUGGUUAAAGCAAAGAAGUAUAACCCCGACAGUGGCCUGGAGGUGUUAGCUGUGCAACGGGUGUCAAAGACCCAGGCCUGGCAACGCACAGGACGGGCUGGCAGAGAGGACAGUGGUAUCUGUUACCGGCUCUACACGGAGGAUGAGUUUGAGAAGUUUGAGAAGAUGACGGUGCCAGAGAUCCAAAGGUGUAACCUGGCGAGCGUGAUGCUGCAGCUCCUCGCAAUGAAAGUCCCAAAUGUGCUCACCUUUGACUUCAUGUCCAAGCCAUCUCCAGAUCACGUUCAGGCAGCCAUCGCCCAGCUGGAGCUGUUGGGUGCCCUUGAAAACAAAGACGGCCAGCUCACCCUGACUCCAAUAGGAAGAAAGAUGGCGGCUUUCCCGUUAGAACCCAAAUUUGCCAAAACCAUCCUCCUGUCCCCCAAAUUCCACUGCACGGAGGAGAUACUGACCAUCAUCUCCCUGCUGUCAGUGGACAGCGUUCUCUACAACCCCCCCUCCCGGCGGGAUGAAGUGCAGGCUGUGCGGAAGAAGUUCAUAUCCAGCGAGGGCGAUCACAUCACCCUGCUUAACAUCUACCGGGCCUUCAAGAACACAGGCGGAAACAGGGAUUGGUGCAAAGAGAAUUUUGUCCACAGCAAGAAUAUGAUGCUGGUAGCUGAAGUCAGAUCACAGCUGAGGGAUAUCUGCCUAAAGAUGUCCAUGCCGAUCCUGUCGUCGCGAGGGGACACAGAGAGCGUCCGCCGCUGCCUGGCGCACAGCCUCUUCAUGAGCACCGCCGAGCUGCAGCCCGACGGGUCCUAUGCCACCACGGACACCCACCAGCCCGUGGCCAUCCACCCCUCGUCCGUCCUCUUCCACUGCAAGCCGGCCUGCGUUGUGUACACGGAGCUGCUCUUCACCAACAAGUGCUACAUGCGCGACCUGUGCGUGGUGGACGCCGAGUGGCUGUACGAGGCUGCCCCCGACUUCUUCAGGAGGAAGCUGAGGGCCUCCAGGAACUGAGCCGCCCGGGGCGGGAGCUGGGCCACAGCUGGCCUCGCCGCGGACUCUCAGGCUGGCACCCAGAGAGGCCGCGGUCGUAUCGGGCGGAUUAUGCCCGGCCUCUGGGAGCUUGAAAGCAUCCUUGUCUAAACUCCUCAGACUGAACCACACAGACAUGCAGCGACCUUGGAGACUUCAAAAUGAUGCUUUCAGUUCUUGCUGGGCGACUUUGGGUGACUUAGUUAACUUCUGAGCCUCAGUUUCCCUAUCUGCCAAGUGGGGGUGAUAAUAAUAAUACUUACAGGGUUGGGGUCAUGAGGUUUAGAGCAAAUGAAAGGAAAGUACCCAGAGCUGUGCCUGCCCACGAUAAACACGCCGUGGAUCGUGAGCCGUGGAGCUUGGUUGCUGUCACUGCUUUUCUACAUGAUGUGAACCAGGUACAACAAACCCCGCUGAGUUCCCAAGGCUGAGGGGGACCGUCUGGAAAGGGCACCACCAGAUGUCACAGAGCUGUUGACCUUGGAUCUAUUUUAACUUCUAUCUGCAUAUGGACUUUUAUAACAGAAAA